UUGACAUUGGGUUUUGCCAAAACAAAACAGAUGUGAAAUUGUGCAUUAAUCCAAAUUUGUUUGUUUAUGGAGGAAAAUUAACGUGACAAAGCCGAUAGUUGACCAGAAUGUAGUUUCUCCAAAGAUACCGAGUGAGCAUGGAUUCGAGGCAGAACAUUUACAGUGACAAGGACGUGCAGAACAGUUACUAAAUGCCACUUAAACAAAUUGAUCCAGUUUGAUUUGGGUAAGACAUAGUGUCUAUGCAGGGAAAUGCCCAAGACGUGUGUAAGUUAAAUUCGGUAUGAAGUUAAAAAGAAGAAGAAGAGACAGUGAUAGAAGUUUAUAUGAGAUAUGUCAACAACAGAUUAUAUCUUCACUAAAAACAUGUCAGGUAAAAGAUACAAUAGUGAUAGCUGUUACAGCCUUCUUCAUCUUUAUAAUACUAGUUAUUAUCAUACUGACAAGUAGAGUUAAUCAAUGUAACGGAAAACAAAUUUUACAAAAACUGUGUGAAGAAUAUAGACGUAAUGAAAUCAGUGGUAGUAUGUGUUAUCGUCUCUGUAUAGACAGAGUUAUACAUCUAACCAACUGUAUAAAUGACCAACAACAUUUCAAGACAUUCCUAACUCCAGAUAAUUUAUUAAUUCGAGCACCAGUUUCUCUAUUACAUCCAGAUAGCCAACUCAAGUUACCAGUAGGCUUGUCGAUAGAGUCCUUUACUCAAGACAGUUCAACAUAUCUUACUAGUAGACUUGGUCAUUCCAGUUCUAGCUAUAAUCAUCAGGAUCUCAUCAAUAGGCUUCUUCAAUUUGCUGACUUCAAUGAAAAUAAAGAGUUAAGUCUUGGUGAAGUCCAAUCACUAUGGCAACUAAUGAACAAUGAAGAAUUCCUACUUCUGUACCUCUUUCAUAAACAGUCAGCCAUGUUAAAUAUCAAUGGCACUUGUGGCAGUCUGUACGGACUUCAAUUCCAUCAUUCAUACAUGUUAUAUGAUAAGGAAAAACGGACCAUCCUUUCCUCCCUUUCUGAGAAUGCAUAUCGUUGGGGUCUACCGGCGUGGAAAAAUCGUGUCAAAGUGGUGUUAGGUUUGCUAGAACUAGCAGAUGGUUUAGCAGAAACGGAAGGAGUGCGUUUUUAUUUAUGUAAUAUUAAACCAAAUAAACUGGGACACACGGCAGAUCAUGAGGUCGUACUAAGUGACCUGAGUGAAUUGAAAUCUAGUAAAAUGAUAGCCGACAUUAUGUCUAAUAAGACGUGCGGGAGUGACGGAGAUUGUGUAUACACCAGAUACUGUCAGAGCACCUGCGAUCUAAGUACGGGAAAAUGCACAGGGAAUAUAAUUCAGCCAACUUUGUGGUAUAUUUGUGAUAUUGUACGUGAUUAUCUUCUGUACGACACUGUUCAACCUAUACAUUACGAUUUAAAACGUUAUUUGGACAAAUGUAUGGAAGUACAACCAGGCAUGAUGGGAUUUUCGGCCUUCCUUGCAGAUUUCAGAACAUUUUUAUGGGAAUUCAUUAACAUUGAAUAACAAGGAGCCCUUAUCCUAUUUCAGAAUGCAUUUAUGGGAUUUUAUUAUCAAAUAUCCACGGGUCUGCAUGGUAAAUUUAUCACUCGUCACAUCAGUCAGUUAUAUAGAGUGAUGACUCGUGUUUUCCUUUGGCGUUCGGCACUUCCGAUUCAGGAAACCUGUAUUACUCAGCUAUCGGAGCAAUGAUCUGUGUUAAAAUUAUAUUUGGAAUCUGUUUAACCAGCUCUAUCACAUAUCUGAUAAUGACUGGCACCAAUAGUGUCCUUUAAUAGUUUUUAUGGGCGUAUAUUCUUAAUAGUUUUUGUGGGUGUGUCUUUAUGCAUGUGUCUUCUUAAUAGUUUUUGUGGGUGUGUCUUCGUGCGUUUGUCUUUUUAAUAGUUUUUUGUGGGUGUGUGUUUGUUAGAAUUAAGGUUGUGAUGUGUGACGCUAGUCUCCAUGUAUAUAUCAUCUAAGGAUGCAGCGAUACCCCAGGGAUUACGAUUAAUCGCGAUUAUUGGGUCAGGCGAAAAAAUAAUCACCUCCUUUCUCAAUAAUCGUUGUAUAACGAUAUAUCAUGAUUAUUUUUAAAAUAAUCGCCAUUAUGAUUUAGGAGAAUCAAAUUCAUAAAAUUUGAAAAGUAUUAUGUAUUUUUUUCAGCUGAAUUCUCAUCAAAAUGACAGUAGGAUAAUAAAACAUCUCGCUUAAACAGUUUCUAGUUACCCCACGCAGUGUUGAGCAGAGUCUUUGUCAUAGAAACCAACUCCACUGGCCCAAUUGUUGACCAUUGAUUAUCCAGUUGGCAACUAUGUCUGGAUAAUAUUUCUUUUAUUUACGUUAGAAACAAUGGCUGGCGAACAAGAAGACUGUUACGCUUUUAUUAGUUUUAAUAAUCGUGAUAAUGAAUCCUUCAAGCAUGAUUAUUUGAAUUAUCAUUAUAAAUGAUCUCAUAAUAAUCCAAGAUAUCACAAUUAUUCAUUGUGCAAUAAUCAUGAUUUAUCACGAUCAUUUUUGUAAUAUAUCGUUGCAUCCUUAAUACCAUCUAACUAGAUAAUAUAUCAAAAAUCCUAGUACAUCCCAACCAGCUACAUGUACAUCCCAGCUAGCUACAUGUAUUUCCUAGUCAGCUAUAUGUACAUCCCAGUCAGCUACAUGUACAUCCCAGCAAACUACAUGUACAUCCCAAUCAGCUACAUGUACAUUUUUGUAAUAUAUCGUUGCAUCCUUAAUACCAUCUAACUAGAUAAUAUAUCAAAAAUCCUAGUACAUCCCAACCAGCUACAUGUAUUUCCCAGACAACUACAUGUACAUCCCAGACAACUACAUGUACAUCCCAGUCAGCUACAUGUACAUCCCAGCAAACUACAUGUACAUCCCAAUCAGCUACAUGUUCAUUUCAGCUAGCUGCAUAUUGUAUCUCCCAAUCAGCUACAUGUACAUCCCAGCAAACUACAUGUACAUCCCAAUCAGCUACAUGUACAUUGCAGCUAGCUACAUGUAUCUCCCAAUCAGCUACAUGUGUAUCCCAGCAAACUACAUGUAUAUCCCAGUCAGCUACAUGUAUAUCCCAGCUAAUGUACAUUUAUAUAUAUCCAAGUUAGCUAGAUAUAUCAAAGACAAUGUUCCUUGUGAGACCCUCAGUCUUGCCUCACUCACAAAGAGCAGCAACACUGGAAAAUUCAAGGGAUUGAACCCUAGAUCUCUUGUCUGUGAGCUAGCUCCUUUCAAUGAAAAUAUCUUGAACAGUUUAUACAAAAUGCUAUGCAAAUCAUACUGGGGUGGACCAACGGACAGGGUACAUUUCAGUAUCCCUUCUUUAACUUUAUUCGUAAAUGGGGGUUAAACUUUAUACUGUUCUGCUUCGACUGAGCUAAUAAAAAUGGGCAUACUCCAUACAGGGUGCCUUGAGGGAAAUUUUACCUGGACAGCAGUUGUACAGCCUAAUCCUAUAUCGAAUUUCAAGUGCCAAGGGUUCUUUUACAUGCACGUCAAUGUGUACACACAGGCCCUCAGGUUUUCAUCCCAACCAAACAACUGUACCUUGUCCAUUGCCUGGGGGAAGUACUCCGGAAAAUUUGGUUUGGUGCAGUAUAAGAGUUUUUUUAGAUGCCUACAUUGACAUUUGACAUGAUUUCAUUGAAGAUUAUGUUCAGACCAUGUGAACCCUUUUGGCCAAUGGAAUUGUCUGUAUUGGUACACAUGGCUUCAUUAGGUGAUGAAUUAUGUCAAUACCAUUUUCAUUAACAUUAGAUUUAGCCAAUAAUACUACCCUCCCCCCCCCCCCCAUAAAAUGAAAAGAAAAAUUGGUUUGUAAAAUGCCAACAAAAUAAUGUGAUCAGUCUUGUUGAAUCAAAAUUAAGGCAGAAAAUUAAAAUACCCUUGGGUCAAGUAGCUUUAAAAAAAAAAUUCAGGCAUUAUUUACUUGGUAUACAAUAAUCGCUUGUUGCCUAGUCAGCUAAGAUGUCUUUUGGGAAGACCAACGGAAACCAAAGAAAUGGAACAUUUUAAUGUAAUGAAAUAGGGUUUUAACAUACAUUAUGCAAGAGCUAAAUCUGUCUAUUGCAGGUCUUUCUAUGGGCCUGAAAUGUUAUCUAAAUUGUUAAUUAGACAUUAAUUAACUUAUCCAAACCAUAUUCAACUCUAGAUGGCAUCGCUAGCCUGCGAUCUUAAGUGGAUUGUGAGCCGAUUUACUGCAUCCCUUUCCUUCUCGAUUAAACGAUUAAAUAGAUAAUCGAGACUAUUCGCUUAGUUUUCGGUUCAUAGUGGAUCAAUUUGAAUGAAAUUUUCAGCAAAUUGCGUUUACUAUUUUAACUAUUAUAGUGAAAACUGCCAACUCGUUUUCGAAUCUCCAAUAAUGUAUCUUUAACAUUUUACUGUUCUCAGCAAUGAUGACGGGCAUUAAUCAUGCAGUGUGGGCAUGGUCAGGUCUAAAUAUUAAGGCCACCUGCAGAUCUCGUCAAGGUCAUGAGAUGUAAACACGUCAUUGUUGCCGAGUAUUAAGGGUUAGCCCCGUUUACAUCUUGUGAUCUUUGACCAAAUCUGCAGUUGACCUUAAUUUUUAGACCUGACCAUGCAGUGUGCUAUGACAACAGGAAACUAGUCAGGGAAUUUUUUUUUUUUUUAAUAAUAUUUUAUUCGGUCUGAAUGGGAUUGGUGAACAGGCUUAGCCUAUGUAAAGCCCUCUCCCACUAAGCCACCGUUGUUCCCUUUUUUUGAGGAAAUGGAACUCGCAAUAAUACAUGCAUUUAAAAUAAAUUCCUUACCUUAACCAAAUCACAUUCCUCAAAUUACAUUCUUGGUAUACAGAGAACUGCCAAUGUGAGAUAAUAAGGUUUAUGAUCUUGGGGUACAGAAAACUCUGGGAAUGGGGUUUACAGUCUCUAUACUUUCAGAUUAAUUAUUUGUUUAUGAUUAGAGAUGCAUUACCAGUAUGUAAAAUCUAAAUGGAUAAUCAAGACUUUGUUUAUUGUCAUAGCAAUGAUACUCGACAAACAAGACUAUCUACACUAUAUUUCGUUAAAACUUCAAACACUCCUACAUGUAACUGCACUCAGAAUAAAGAAAUUUGACUGAAAUAUAUCUAUUUUUGAACAAUUACAUCAAGAAUGAUCAUAAUGCAUCUUUAGCAAUCUGAGGAGUGUGAUAAGAUACAUAAGUUAUAAAUUAUUAUAUAUAUAGUUAUUGUUUUCAUGUUAUUUAAGGGUGAGUAUAUGGUGUAUUAAUUUAUCAUAUAUUAUCAACAUAUCUACAUGUAUAUCAUUGUUUUUAUAUUAUUUCUAUAGUUAUUAUUGAUAUCUGUGAGUCGUUAUUGUUAUAUCCAUGGGUUAUAAUAAACGGUUAUAAAUAAAC